AUGCACCUGUCUACAUUGGGGACCAGCGUUGACCGAGCCUUGGAGGAAGCUCUCGCCGGCGUCUUCGGUGGCAAAAUGUUCGGAAGUGGAACUAAGAGAUGGUUUGUGAAGAAACAAAGAAGACAGCCGCAUUUGUACGGAAAACGGCCCUAUUCUAGAAAGAAGAAAAGAUGGGCCACAAAGAUCUUGAAGCAAAACCGGCAGAAGAUCUUGAAUGAGUUGGAUGUCAACAGCGUCCUGCCGUAUCUGGUCUACGAGAAGGUCUUUUCUUUGGGGGAGUAUAAGGAGAUUCUGUCCCAGGAUACGAGCAAAAAGAGGACAGAGAAGUUCCUGGAUCAUCUGUCGUGCAAAAGUCCCGCUGCUUUCUGCUCUUUCUGCUCUGUCCUGGAGGAAGUGCAUCCUCACCUGCUCACCUGCUUCCUGCUGGACGGACAAGAUGGUGUCCUGGGACGGGCCAAGAAAGGGGGGCUUCCCGUUCCCCUCAACAACCAGGUGGAACAGCCCGUGUGCUCCCCCCCCCUCUACACCGACCCCGUGUUCGACUCAAGGUAA